AUGUGCGAUGCGGAUGUUAUUGUAGUUGGUGCCGGCAUCAGUGGUCUUGCCUGUGCACGAGAAUUGCUUCGAAAGGGCAUACAUGUUUGUGUGCUUGAAGCUUCUGAUCGAGUGGGUGGUCGCACCUACAGCGUGGAGAUGUCAAGUCAGCGCAUAGAUCUUGGAGGCCAAUGGAUUGCCUCCAAAGCGCAACAGCCUUUUGUUCAAGCGCUUGUCAAGGAACUUGGGUUGCAGCUUCAUCCUCAGCACUACAACGGCAAGAGGAUUCUGGAUCUACAGGAUCGUCAACCCUUGGAGUAUAGUACCGAUAUCCCAACGGGUAUUGGGUUGCGCGCUUUGCUAGCGGUUCAAUUUACCCUUUGGUAUUGCACUUUGCAAGCCCGCUUGAAUAUUGGAUCAGCCGCAGCCAAAGACACCUCAGGGAAGCUUGGCAGAUUCGACCAACACAGCACUGCAGAUGUUCUGGAGAAGAUUGCAGGGCUUUCUGGCCAGGUGGCUACAAAAGCACUUGUGACUGCCAUGAUACGGGGCGUUUUUGGAUGUGAAGCGAAGGAGUUAUCUUGGCUUCACUUCUUGCACUAUAUCGCCUGUGCUGGCGGAUUGGAGCGCCUCGUGACGAUCAAGAAGGGCUUCCAGGAGCACACUGUAUUGGGCGGUGCCCAGCAAAUUUCGGAGCGCUUGGCCAAAGAGGUGCGAUCUUUGGGAGGCAAACUGGAAUUCAACUGCAAGGUUACGUCUGUCACCACGGAGGCGGAUGGCGUUUGGGUGGCAUGUGGCGAAUCGAAGAGCUUUCGAUGUUUGAGGUGCGUUUUCGCCACUCCUCCGAAGCAGUUGGGGAACGUCAAAUUUGCGCCUGCCCUCCCAUCCUCACGAGCUGCAUUGCACACAUCUGUGUUUAUUGGGUGCAUUAUCAAGGCUGUUUUCCGGUAUGGGAGGCCUUUUUGGCGGCUAAAUGGCUUCAGUGGAGAGGUAGUUGCUGAAGCAACUGAUGAUGAGCCUUGUUUCAAUUGCUAUGAUCAUUGUGUCGGUGAUUGCCACAUGUUGGUGUGCUUUCUCAAUGGUUCACCUGCGCGUACUUGGAGUUUGCGGACUCAGGAUGAGCGACGUCAAGUUUUGUUGAAGCAGCUGACGAAGUGGUUUGGUCCUGAAGCCAGUCACCCGUUGGAGUACCUCGAGAAAGAUUGGGCCGCUGAUGAGUUUACUGGCGGCUGCCCUGUUGGCUGCUACCCACCGAAGACUCUUGCACCCCAUAUGCAGGCGUUGCGGAAGCCUUGUGGUAGGCUGCACUGGGCUGGCACUGAAGCAGCUGAAGCGUGUCAAGGUUUCAUGGAGGGCGCUAUUCAAGCUGCCCAACGCGCAGCAAGAGAGGUUUCCGGGCACUUUUCGCGACUCUGA